UUUCAAUGCGCCCAAGUUUAUUGGAGAGAAAAGUUGAGCAGGAAUCGACUUGCUGUAAAAAAAAGACAAAAAAAUAACAUUCUGAUUGUUUGCAAAAGAUUUCAACGACAACAACACCCUCAACUAUUCCAACUAUUCUAAACCCUAAAUUCCCCUGCAAGUUUGACUUGCUCCAUCCAUACUUUACUUUGCCUAAGACCACCUAGUCACAUCAACCAUAAAAACCAAAACACCAUGGGCUGGUUUUGGUCAGACAGUCCCGCGCCGCCUGCGUCUGCGCCGGCCGCACCACACCCUGCCACACCCGCCGGAACACCACCACCCGGUUGCCCGAUGCACAAGAAGACGAUCGACGCCCUGAACCCAACAGCAGCAGCAAACAACACCAGCUCGACUCAAGCAACACCACCGUCAUCAUGCCCCGUCGCCCACGACCAGGCCCCGGCACAGAAACAGCAGUCUGCCCUCUCCCGCCUCAACCCCCUCAACUACAUGUUCCCUGACCUCUCCAACGCGCCGGCCCCGAACCAAACCAUCGCGCUACCCACAGAGCGCGAGAACUCCACCAUCCCACGCGGCGGCGGCGAGGGCAACUGGGAGUACCCGUCGCCGCAGCAAAUGUACCACGCCCUGCUGCGAAAGGGCUAUACCGACACGGACCCCACCGCCGUCGAGGCCAUGGUAGCCUGCCACAACUUCCUCAACGAGGGAGCCUGGGCCGAGAUUGUGGACUGGGAGAGGCGCUUCAGCAAGGGACUGGUCCGCGGCUGGCAGAUCAGCCGUCAGGGUGAGGAGAGGGCCCCGCAGAUUCUGCGCAGGCUCGAGAGGGACGAGGGCGCCGAGCCCGUCGUCCCUAGCCUCGUCAGGUUCCAGGGAAGGCCCAAGGAUAUGACGCCCAAGGCGGCGUUUUUCCAGGUUAUGGGCUGGCUGUAUCCCUCGAAGUUUGAAACCGAGCCGCCUUUUGAUCGUCAUGACUGGUACGUCCAGCGAGACAUCAACGGCCAAAAGAAGGAGGUCCGCUACGUUAUCGAUUACUACUCUGGUCCGCCAGAGCCCACCGGCGAGCCUGUCUUCUACCUCGACGUGCGCCCUGCUGCCACACCGACCGGUGCGGCGGAGCGCCUCAUUAGAUGGGGCAGCGACGUCUGGUGGCGUGCCGCUGGCCUCGAGGCCAGGGAGCAGCAGCAAGGCAAGGCCCAGUAGUGAAAUUAGGCUUUGGCCUCGACGUUCUACGGGCCCGAUUUGCUAAUGCGAUGAUAUGCGAUGAGUUUUGCGGGGGAAGACUUGUUUAUGCUAACAAUGUACCAAAAACACAAAAUCCCCUCCCCCUUUGUUUGGACAGGCAGGGCAGGGUUUUCUCUACUCUCUGUAUGAUAUUUUAUCCGGGAUAAUCACAUUUAUCCCUGAUGUACCUAAGUUAUAAUAAUGCUGUAUUGAUACCUUGACGAUACGCAGGAC